UUCUUUCAUCAUCCAUUUUUAUUUACAGUCGUCUUUCUCAAAUUUUCUGCUUCGAUGCGCUUGGGCCUCAGAAAAAAAAGUGCUUCUUUGUAGGAGGAACAUAAUUUAAGUAAUAUUUUCAUUCAAAAUAUUGCAACAGUUGCAAGUUAUUGAGUAUUUGUGCUGUAACGAGUCAGUGUUCGACCAAUUUAGUUUGAAAAAUGAAAAAAAUCCAUGUUCAGUGAAUAGUCAAAGCAAAACAGAACGCGUCUCGGCCAUUGUGGAAUUUUAAGCGCCACAACGGGUGGCGGAGGAGACGAAUAGAGCGACUUCAGAUUCUUUGCAACUAAAGUGCGGAUAUUUUUUCGAUCAUGAUCACUAGAAGGAAAUCAGUGCAUGAUUCACAGUUACAUCGGAAAGAUGAUAUCAGCAAUCCGGCUCAAUCAAGUGUUCCGGAAGGAAGGAAAACUCCGGGACCAAGAACAUCGCAUCCGAAGAAGAAUGCGCGCAUUUCGCACAGACGGGGUUCGGAGGCAGCUCCCGGGAUGUCACCAAACGGAGCACAUCAGGCGCACGUCCUUCAAAAUGGUUUGGAUGCCGAUGACAUACCGAAGUUCAAAGGGUAUCGCAUCAUUGAAAUCGAUCACUUCCUUCAGUGGGCGGCUUAUUCACAGUUUAUGCACUCGAAGCACUGCCCGGGUGGUCUUCUGAAACCAUACCAAGAGUACGUGAGCGGCUGUUAUUCCACUUUUGCCAUGAAGUGCAGCAAGUGCUCAGCGAUCAUUACUAGAUCGUCCGAAAACUACAUCCAUCAUAACAAACUGAUGAAUCGCCUGGUAAAAGGUACGGUUCAAAUGAACAAAGACUACGACGAGAUGAGUAACUUCAUGGAAUCGCUCGAGAUUCCGUUCGUCACAAGAGAUGAAUUCAAUACGAUAAAGUCCCAAAUGCAGUUAAAUUCCUCGCUGGAAGAUCAAUCGUCACUGCAGAAGGCAGUCGAAGAGCUAGAACGAGCCUCGGUGGCUUCGAAAAGGAAACGACAUGGCAGCUGCAAAUACCACUACGAAGUGCUGAAGGUUUAUCUGAACAAAAAAAUGCGAAAGAUCGAGGAAAACCUACAACUUUCAGUGAAUGAUUCCGUUGCGUUGGCUGUUAAUGCCCACUUGAAGAAUGUCGCCCAUGUUCAAUUGGUGUCCAGUCCAAAUGGCUCGUGUCCUGGUGGAAGCAACGCAUCUUCUUCGGCGUCCACUAGUGAAAGCAAUCGGUUUGGAGGAGCGGGAUUUUCCAAUGGGCCGCCAUCUACCGCCAAAGGUAACACGUAUAAUCACCAUCACUGAGAAUGUAGUUUUUAGUUUAUUGACACGCCUAUCUUGUAAGAUCGUCCGUCUGUCUCGUCUCGAUGUUCGCCAGUAUUUUGUUUUCCUGUCGGUAUUGGAAAAUGGUUUCAAUUUUUUUUCGUAGGUGCCUUCACGACUAAGAAGGUACCAGGUUUUUCAAAUUUUAAACUGAAGCUUUCAGUUGCAUGAAUAUUUGACUAUUUUUUAGUUGAACUAUUAUUGUAAUAACCCUAGUGGUGCACUGGGAUUAUUAUGAUAUAAACAGGCACGAUGAGCGUGCACUACGUCAGGGUGGCGACUGGAGAUCAACAGCAUGAUACAGUACCAACGUGCUACCUAUAAUCGUUGUCUGCCGUAAUGUAUCUUUUGUAUUUUAUAGGUAGCUUGCUCUUUAAUGUGUGUAUACGUUGACGUAUGUCAAACAUAUACAUUUCUGAGGUUUAUUUUUUUCUCGUUUUGGAAUCGACGGAAGAUCAAGCAAUGAAAACCUCGAGAUAAGUUUAUUGAAUUACAAUCGAAAUAGAAGUUACUCGAGCGUCCUAUUGGGUAACUAAUAGUGUCGAAUUUCGCUUUCUCGUAAUCUAAUCGUACCGUAGUAGCCAAACCAGUUCACACUACUUGUCUACCAUUAGUUUUCCUUUUUUUCUAGGAAACAUAUACGACAUUUUAGAAUCUGCCUAGUAUUGGCGGUCUAUUUGCAACGGUACUUAAGUUUUCGAAAGUUUCUCAGGAUUUGCUUCCAAAAUAGUUACAUAUAAGAGAUUAGUAGUAGUAUUACGAUAAAUGUAUAGGGUUUCUAAUCUUCGGCUCCGCGUUCGGCACAAUUGUUCUAUUCAUCGUGGUCUAUACAUAUUAUUUGAUAGAACAAACGUGUCACCAUCGAAAAUGUACGUGUACAAGUCUGAUUGCAUUUAUUUUGAUAGUAUCUUGCCGUCGUGCUAGGUCUUCGUUUACAUUUCGUUAGCUGUGACUUAGAUUGGUAUCAAUAAAUUUAGCAUAACAUAACAUAA